UGAGAUGAGCUGCAUUGGGGAGAUUAGUGCAGUAAAACUAGGAGCAGCAGUAGAAAACAAAACUCGCGAUACAACACAGUGCAAAAAGCAAAUAUAGGCCAGCUGCUUUCCACACUAUUCAUUUACAAUGACUUCUGAGGAGAAUACGAUUAUCAACAUGCAGACAGAGGACAAACACCUGACACCUCAGCUGAAUACAGCUCAGCUGAAUACAGACUCCCUGGACAGACAUGACCUGCUAAAACUUUAUAACGAAUCGGAGACAGAGAACAAACACCUUAGAGAUCAGAUCAGGACACUUCAGAUUAGGACAUUUUACCUGGGACCAGAUAACCAUUGUGACAAUACGCAGACAGAGGACAAACACCGGACAGCUCUCCUGACGACAGAUCAGGAGUGGACAGCCUACAUGAAGGUAGCUUACCUGCUAAACCGUUGUGACAAAUCGCAGACAGAGAUCAAUGUCCUGACAGCUCAGCAUAGGACACCUGAGCAGAUGACAGCUCACCUGGAAUCAGCGAAGAGGAGGCUUCAUUUGAAGGUUACAUCGUCUACGACGCUCAAUGACGCUCUAUCUGGGGAUGAGAGCCUCUUGGGGACUUCACCUGAGGAUCAGAACCUCCCAGAGAAUCCAGAUGCUGAGGGUCCGACCAGAAGUUGGUGGUCCGGCACUGCUAACGUUCUACGGAAGGUAGCUUGGUGUGCUGGCAUCGCCGCUGUUGGUUUAGCAGCCUAUCACCUCAUGUGAUAUGAGGUGUGUCACCGUCUCCUCAUGCGACGUGAGGUGUGGCACCGUCUCCUCAUGCGACGUGAGGUGUGGUACCGUCACCUCAUGCGACGUGAUGUGUGGCACCGUCACCUCAUGCGACGUGAUGUGUGGCACCGUCACCUCAUGCGACGUGAGGUGUGCCACCGUCACCUCAUGCGACGUGAUGUGUGGCACCGUCACCUCAUGCGACGUGAUGUGUGCCACCGUCACCUCAUGCGACGUGAGGUGUGGCACCGUCACCUCAUGCGACGUGAGGUGUGCCAGCGUCACCUCAUGCGACGUGAGGUGUGCCAGCGUCACCUCAUGCGACGUGAGGUGUGGCACCGUCACCUCAUGCGACGUGUGGUGUGCCACCGUCACCUCAUGCGACGUGAGGUGUGGCACCGUCUCCUCAUGCGACGUGAGGUGUGCCUCCCUCACCUCAUGCGACGUGAGGUGUGGCACCGUCUCCUCAUGCGACGUGAGGUGUGGCACUGUCAACACAUACGACGUGAUGUGUAGAGUUUGCAUGUUCUCUCCGUGUCAGUGGGGUUUUUCUCCAGGUGUUCUGGUUUCCUCCGACGGUCCAAAGACAUGCAUCAUGACCUCUCGCCUAACGUGAGCUGUGAAGGCUCAUAUUGAGUGAGAGGUAUUCAGAAAACACAUUCUGAAAAAUAAAAAAUAAUUAAUAAAAUAAAAUAAAAAAAUAA